UUACCAACAUAAACAUUGCAGAUAUUUGAUGGUUUUGAAUGGUUUUGUUUUGCUUCCUUUCUUUUUUCAUUAAACUUUAAAGUUCGUGUGUUACCACAUGCGUCCGUCAGGCUUGCUUAGACACGGAGGGUUUUGCAGAAAUUAUUGUACUCAUAAGAGAUAUGAAGAAAUUCCUGGACCACAACCAUUGCCUUUGGUAGGCAAUGCUCUCUUGUUUUCCCCUUUAGGCCCAUACAACAUUCCGAGAUUAUUAGAUGGAUUUGCUGAUUUACAUAGGCAGUAUGGUGAAAUUGUUAAAUUGAAAAUGGGCAAUACACCAUCUGUGUUGCUUUUCAACCCAAAUGACAUACAAACAAUGUUUGACCAUGAAGGAAAAUAUCCACAGAGACCUACAUUUGAUGCUCUGAAAGACUAUAGAAAACGCAAAUAUGAAGCUGUUGGUAUUGUCCCUGAUAAUGGUGAGGAAUGGUACAGAAUGAGGCAAAAUGUACAGAUCCUGCUCAAGUUAAAAACUGUUCACAGCUAUUGGAACAGGCAACAAGCUGUAGCCAAAGAAUUCUCAGCUAGUCUGCUUCCAAAAACAAAUGCUGAUGGAAUCGUACAAGACUUUGUCCAGCAUGCUUUUCAGUAUUCUCUUGAAGCGAUCGGCGUAAUCUGUUACGGGAGAAGACUAAAUUGCCUUUCAGCUAAUUUGCAAGAAUGUGAUGCAAUUGUCAAAGCCAACAUACAAUUUUUAAAAGCGCUUGGCGAAACUUUUCACCAACCACCAUGGUGGAAACUAUGGAGGACUAAAUCUUAUAAAAUUAUUGAAUCUACACAGGACCUCAUGAUGAUGAAUGCCGUGAAAUACUUACAGGAAGCUCGCCAAAAACUAAAACAAAAUCCAGCCGUUUUCUUGGAAGAGGAUCCAAUAUUGUGCCACUUAUUGGAGAAUAAUAACCUAUCUGAAACGGAGAAAAAUCUUCUAUUGACCGAAAUAUUCCAAGGUGGAAUUGACGCUACUGGCACGGUAGUGACGAUGAUACUUUACGAGUUGGCGAGGAAUCCACCAAUUCAGGCUGCAGUGUAUGACGAUUUAAUUGCAAACAAAUUGCGACCUGGCUAUGCACCUCCUUUACUGAGGGCUUGUUUAAAAGAAACGCUCCGAUUGCAUCCUACUGCGGGAGGCACUUCAAGGAUAAUUAGUUCAGACGCUAUAUUGUCUGGUUACCGUGUUCCAAAAGGAACUUUGGUGGUAGGGGUGACGCCAAUUAUCAGUCGGAUGGAUCGCUAUUUUUCCAACCCUUUAAAAUUCAAUCCAUGGCGCUUUGUUGAUAAAAAAGAGUUGCCUCAUCCGUACGCAUCCGUACCCUUCGGCCACGGUGCUCGAAUGUGCCCAGGCAGAAGACUCGCUGAACAGGAAAUUCUUCUUGGUGUUGCAGAGAUCGUCCUGAAUUACGAGGUACAUCCAGUAACCUCACAAGACAUUUCCAUGGUGUUAGAUCUUAAUCUUGUUCCCAGCGAACCAAUUGAUUUUCGUUUGGUCGUUAGACGUGGGCGUUAAUGUCAGAAAAUUAAUUAAAUACAUUUUUUUCUGUAAA